UGUAUGUAUUUCAACCCCCGCCUGUUCAAUCUCUGCAUCGGGAACUGAAGCUGUAAUCGAAAAAUUAGUAAAAGCUGUAAAUAAAAUGACUAUACAGCUUCAAGAAAAGAAAAAGUCUCCUCGAGAGUAUUCCAAGGAGUAUUUAGCCAAGGCCAUUUGUUUUAAAUGUGGCUCAGAUACGACUUUAGUUAAUAAUAAAACUCUUCAAGCUCUUCUGUCUUUAUUAGAUAAUAAAAAAGAAGAAGAAAGCCGCGAACAAAUGAAUUACUUAAAUAUUCGUGAAGAUAAUUGGAAUUUAUUCAUGCCUGCUAAAAGAUAUGAGCGCAAGAAGCCUACAGCUAGUAUGCCGUUUAAGAAAUGUAGAAAAGAUCCAGUAAACUCAAAAGGAUCUGGUGAAUUACAAGAACAUAAAGAUGAGUUAGUUCCGGAAGAUAUAUCUAUGGAUAAGGAUAAUUUGAAAGAAUUG